AUGGCGAACAGGAUAUCAACAUAUACGAUGACAUCAAGGGACGGCGGCAGUCAAGAUGGCGAGCCAAAGAGGAAUUUGUGGACUUCCAUGCUAGAGUCAGUUGCCAGCGGCAAGCGAUUACCGGAAAAGAACCUUUUAGUCAUGGGAGGCACUCCGGAAUCGCAGCGAGAGUUCCUGGAGUCUCUGUCAGGAUCUGAACCGAAGCGCAACUUCGACCGACAAAAGAUUCCGCCGAUUGCGAACAAUUAUGCUUUGGGUUAUACGUACUAUGAUGUUCUCGACGCAGAUCAGGAUGAUACACUUGCUCGAGUAUCUCUCUACCUUCUUUCCCAGCCGUCAGGCGAAUUCGCUUCGCUCGUUGCCCCCUUGCUCACGCCCGAAACGAUACCGAAUACUGCGCUGGUAAUACUGCUGGAUUGGUCGCAACCGCAUUUGUGGCUUCGUCAAAUCUGGACCUGGCUGCAAGUAUUCCAAGAGGUCUUGGAACACCUGAGUAGAGAUGUGCAGACCGAAAUGGAGGAUGUCAUGAACGCUUGGAAAGAGAGGGGCAGAGGAAGCUCUUCGGUCAACCUGGACGGUACUCCCUCCGCCACCGUCGCAAACGGCGAUAGCGAUGGCUCACUGCCGCUUGGUCCAGGCGAGUGGACUGAGCCUCUUGGCCUGCCAUUGUGCGUGGUGUGUCAGAAUUCACAAAAAAUCGAUUUUCUAGAAAAGAGCAAGGGGUGGAAAGAGCCGGACUUUGACGCAGUUCUGCAGAAUUUACGAACAGUCUUAUUGCGACACGGUGCUUCUCUCAUUUACACUUCACAGAGUACGACCUCUCAGCUGCCUAUUCUUAUUCACUCCACCCUCGGCAUCACAUCUCUCCUAAAGCGACAGCCCCUGAAACACAAUGUGAUUGACCGAGAUAAGAUUGUCGUGCCGCCGAACUGGGACUCAUGGGGCAAGAUUAGAGUUCUUGGCGGCUCAUUUGACACAGAAAAGGUAUCUCAAUACUGGUCCGAGGAUAUCAAGCUACCUCUUGGGGCCGCUCCCCCAAGCAUGGCAUUUCCUGAUCCCGAGGAUGACGAUGAGAAUGGUUCAAACCAGCCCCCUCAAAUCGAGAGUGCCAUUGCCCUCUACGAAGAGUGGUGCAGAGAUCCGAACAGUGGAGGACUCGCCGUCGUAGAGAGCGCGAUGAACGACGGCUCAGAAAUCGCAAUUGAAAGCGAGGAUACGCAGGAAUUCCUUGAACGGCAGCUGAAAAUUUUGGAUGCGUACAAGUCAAAGGCACCCGAGAAGGCUACGGAUAGCCCUCUUUCCAGCUCAACGAGGAAACUAGAGUUCAAUGACGAGAAGACUGUGAAUGAGCAUAUCGGUCCGGUGCAAUUCAACAUGGGCGGUAUCCAGGUCGAUGCUGACGAUAUGUUGCAACGCCUUAAGGACCGCAACGCACAUAUCGCAACCGACUCUCCUUCGGCUGAACCAGAAGCCGCCGUUGGCAACAUAGCAAAAGACUUUGACAACGAGCAGCUUCACGACUUCUUUUCGGGAUUAAUGAAUAGGACAACCGGGGAUCGAGCAUGA